AUGAUCCAUCGUAUUACUUUGAGGUCGGCCAUAGCGGGAUUUUUUUAUAAAAGUGUUGGUGAUGCAACUGAUACAAAGGCCAGGUUGAUGGAAAUUUUUAGUGUUACCAGCAGCACCGACGUAAAAAGUAUUAAAGAACUGUAUCCAUUUUUCAACGUUCGUCCUAGAGAUCCUUCUGGAUCUUCGGGAAAAUUGGAUAGACCUGGAUUUUCAGCCAACUUAGACUCGAUAAGAGAAAGUGAUGUCAGCGAUAACUUUGAUGCUAUUGAUGGUAACACAUAUUGUCGAGUUAUAUACGAUCCCGCAGAAUUUUAUCCAGAUUUGAAUCUUCCAUCGCCAGUUUUUGUCAAACUAUAUUAUUACUCUAGUCGAUUGUGGGAAGAGAAUAGUUUGAUGUGUUUGGAGAUACCGGAAAAAGAGGGGUAUUAUGGCAUAUUUUUCAACGAGCUUUUAAUUAAUGAAAGAAUUGCUAAGUCAGAAUAA